CGAACCACCAUCAUGUUCACCAGGCAGGUCCUUCGCCGGUGGCCUGCAGUGGCCCCCAGAUCGACUGGCCCGCUUACUCGUUCCCUGCCCAUUUCUCUUCUCCGUCGUGAGCUGGCGACUGCCGCCCCGCCCUCAUCAAACGACCCGUUUGCGAAUGGCACAAAUGCCUACUACGCUGAGGAAAUGUAUAGACACUGGAGGCAGGACCCCAAGUCCGUCCAUGUUUCAUGGGAUGUUUACUUUUCUGGGCUCGACAAGGGCCUCACCAGUCCCCAAGCAUUCCAGCCGCCACCGUUGGUUCCGGCUGAUGGAGCGCCAGCAUUACACGCUGGUGGUGGGGGCGAGCUCGAUGACCAUCUCAAAGCUCAACUACUUGUACGGGCUUACCAAGUCAGAGGUCAUCACGUCGCCGAGUUGGACCCGCUCGGCCUGCUCGAUGCUGACCUCGUAGAUGGACGACCCCCAGAGCUCGAACUCAGCCAUUAUGGUUUUACAGAGCGCGAUCUCGACAAACAAAUAACCCUCGGUCCUGGUAUCCUUCCCCAUUUCGCCAGCGAAGACAGAAAAUCGAUGUCAUUGAGGGAAAUCAUCAAAUUAUGCAGACGCAUUUACUGUGGCGCGGUUGGUAUCCAAUAUGUCCACAUUCCCGACAAAGAGCAAUGCGACUGGAUCCGAGAACGUGUUGAAAUCCCCAAGCCAUGGAAUUACACGGUUGACGAGAAGCGCAUGAUCCUCGACCGAAUCAUCUGGUCUGAGUCAUUUGAGAAGUUCAUUGCCAGCAAAUUCCCCAAUGAGAAGCGCUUUGGUCUUGAAGGCGGAGAAUCACUUAUUCCGGGCAUGAAAGCCCUCAUCGACCGUUCCGUCGAAAAUGGUGUCAAACACGUCACGAUUGGUAUGCCCCAUCGUGGACGGCUCAAUGUCCUGGCAAAUGUGAUUCGCAAACCACUCGAGGCUAUUUUGAACGAGUUUUCUGGGAAUGUGGCCGACGAUUCUCCCGCUGGCGAUGUCAAGUACCAUCUUGGCGCCAACUACGUCCGACCUACUCCCUCCGGCAAAAAAGUAUCACUUUCCUUGGUUGCCAACCCCUCACAUUUGGAGGCUGAGGACCCCGUUGUUCUCGGAAAAACUCGCGCCAUCCAACAUUUCGAGAACGAUGAGGCCGCACACAAUACUGCGCUCGGUAUUCUGUUGCAUGGAGAUGCUGCUUUUGCCGGCCAGGGUAUUGUCUACGAGACGAUGGGAUUCCACAACCUUCCAAGUUACGGAACGGGAGGCACAAUCCACCUGAUCGUGAACAACCAAAUUGGUUUCACAACUGAUCCCCGUUUUGCGCGUUCGACGCCAUACCCCUCUGACAUCGCAAAAUCUAUCGACGCCCCCAUCUUCCACGUCAACGGCGACAACGUCGAGGCUGUCAACUUUGUUUGCCAACUCGCUGCUGACUAUCGCGCCAAGUUCAAGAAGGAUGUGGUUAUCGACAUUGUCUGCUACCGCCGUUAUGGCCACAACGAAACUGACCAGCCGAUGUUCACCCAGCCCAGAAUGUACAACGCAAUCGCCAAACAGCCUACUCCUCUCACUCAAUAUGCCAAAUUCCUCGUUGGUCGCGGUACCUUCACUGAGAAGGAUAUCGAGGACCACAAAAAAUGGGUCUGGGGUAUGCUGGAGAAGUCGGCAAAUGCAGCAAAGGACUAUGUUCCCACCAGUCGCGAGUGGUUGUCGUCGUCAUGGCAGGGCUUCCCGUCCCCGAAACAGCUUGCGCAAGAAACUCUCCCCACCCGCCCGACUGGUAGUGAUGAAGCAACCCUGCAACGAAUUGGCAAGGCCAUCUCUUCAUACCCGAACGGCUUCCAACCGCACCGUAACUUGGCUCGUAUCCUGUCUACCCGCGGCAAAUCGGUCGAGGAGGGGACAAAUAUCGACUGGUCUACUGCCGAAGCCCUUGCAUUUGGCUCGCUUGCGUUGGAGAAAAUCCACGUCCGGGUUUCUGGUCAAGAUGUUGAGCGUGGAACUUUCUCGCAGCGUCACGCCGUUAUUCACGACCAAGUCAAUGAGCAGCAGUAUGUCCCACUCAAUGACCUGGGCUCAAGCCAGGCUCGCUUCGUCAUCUGCAACUCCUCCUUGUCCGAAUAUGGCACUCUUGGCUUCGAGCUCGGCUACUCUCUCGUCUCUCCUGAUUCGCUGACGAUGUGGGAGGCGCAAUUCGGUGAUUUCGCUAACAAUGCGCAGUGCAUCAUCGAUCAGUUCAUUGCUGCUGGUGAGCGUAAAUGGCUCCAGCGAACUGGUUUGGUUAUGAGCUUGCCGCAUGGAUAUGAUGGACAAGGCCCGGAGCAUUCGAGUGGACGGAUCGAGCGAUUCUUGCAGCUUUGCGAUGACCAUCCUAAUGUUUUCCCGACACCGGAAAAGAUUGAGCGUCAACACCAGGACUGCAACAUGCAGGUUGUCUACCCGACGACCCCCGCCAACUACUUCCAUGUUCUCCGUCGUCAAAUUCACCGCGACUUCCGCAAGCCAUUGAUCCUCUUCUUCUCCAAGAGUCUGCUCCGCCACCCCAACGCGCGUUCGGAUCUUUCCGAGAUGAUUGGCGACACGUCUUUCCAGCGAUACAUUCCUGAGCCGCACCCCGAAGAGUCCCUGGUUGCCCCAGAAGAGAUCACGCGUCACAUUCUUUGCACGGGCCAGGUGUACCAGACCCUCCUUCAAGCACGUGAAGAGCGUGGUCGCAAAGAUGUCGCCAUCAGCCGCAUUGAGCAGAUUUCGCCCUUCCCAUAUGACCUGAUUCACCCGCAUUUGGACAAGUAUCCCAACGCCAGCCUUCUCUGGUGCCAAGAAGAGCCUCUUAACAACGGUGCUUGGAGCUACGUCGGCCCUCGCAUCUACACCGCUGCCAACAAAACAGAGCACCACAAGGGCAAGUAUCCUUUCUAUGCCGGCCGUGGCCCUACCAGCUCUGUCGCCACUGGCAGCAAAUCGCAACACAAGAAAGAAAUUGAGGCAUUCUUACAAUCUGCAUUCGAGGAUGGCUUCGAAUCUUAG